AUGGAUGGUCCAGGGAUGAGUUUGUUUCAAGGAGCUGCGAGUAUACACAUAAACAACAGUGCUCAAGAUAGGCUUCAGGAACAAGAAGAACUUGAAGAUCAAAAACGUCGCAAUGAAGAGUUAAAGCACAAACUUGCUAAUGCUUUUGACGACUUAUUAGACGAUGAUGAAGGAAGCUCUGUGAAUAGUAGUGGUAAUUUUACAUUAGAUACAACACACGCUAAUGGAGCACAAACACAGCCGAGAUCAGGCUUACCGCCAACUUAUAUUGAAUCUUUAAAUCAUCUUAAAGAAAUUACUUCUGACUCCCCAAAGGUAUAUUGCGAUACUCCAAAAAGUCAUCACAUGACACACCAUGAUGAUCCUGUUAAAAUGACAUUCAGCCCUUAUGGUGCUGGUGAUGGUCAAAAUAAUAUUUUUCAUCAAGAAUAUAGAGGCCAUCACAAUGGAUUAAAUAACUUUGAUGUCAGACAAGAGUAUAUGAAUAAUGAACAGUUGAAGGUCAUGUAUGAGAUGAGAGUGAAAGAGUGUCAGCAGCUGGCAUCACAGAUAGAAAAAUUGGAUAUGGAGAUAGAGAGCCUACGAGCUAGAUUAGCUGCAGCUGUAAAUGAUAAAGAUAAAGCAGAACUGUCCCUACAGGAAGCUCAUCACCUACUUGCUUCAAGCAAGCACAAGACAAUAGAAUUUGAACAACAGUUGACUACUUUAACAGAGAAAUUAAUGGAAAAUGAACAAGAAAAGGAACAACUACGACUAGAAUUGAGGUCUGCCAACAUCAGCCUACAAGAUGUUCAGCAAAGACUGCAUACUCUUCAGGUAGCACACACACAUGAUACUGAUGCACUAUUUAGGGAGCAACAAGAUAGGCAUAGAGAUGAAAUGGAUAGACUGCAAAAUGACUUAAUGAAAGUGAGGAAUAGACUUGAUGAAAAAGAAAAUGAAAUUAAAAUGCUCGAAAAACGAUGCAUGGAGAAGGAUCGAGAGAAGGAGGAGAUAUUGAUAGAAAAGGGUGGAACAAUAAACAGAUUAGCAAGUGAAUUGGAAGCAGCCCAAAGCAGACUCGUAAGUGGAGAGAGUGCACGGUUGAAGGAAAAAGUACAGCAACUGAUCACAGAGCGAAAUACUGCCCGGGAGCAAGUUAAGGAACUAGGCUCUAAACUGGAGCUAACAGCUCACGAGCUAGUACUUUGUCGGAAUAAACUAAGUAACAAUCAGAAGGAAUAUGAAAAUUGGCGGACAACUCUCCACCAAAUAUUGAUGGAGUCAAUACCUGAUAAUUCAUUAAAAAUAGGCGAUUCCCCGUCACCUGGUAAAUUGGCAACACUGAAGGAGGUUUUAAGUCGAUAUAAGCUGCAUAUCCAAAAAAUGGCAACAUUGCAAGAGGAUCUUGUGAAACGGGACAAGAAGUUGGAACAGCAUCGGAAGCAGGAGUCUGAGCUGAGGUCCAAGAUAGAAGAGCACAAGGGCACAGAGAUGCAACUGAAUUCGCGGCUGGCCGUGCUGCAGAACAAGCUGGAGCUCCUAGGGAAUUCGUCAAACGACGAACUGCUGCAGAACUACAAGCAGCAGAACGAACAGCUCAAGACGGAGCUGGAGGAUGUCAGAGCGGAACUCAAAUCUCUGGACCUCAAGUACACGGAGCUUGAGAUGGACCACGAGAAACUGAAAACGGAGAAGGGCAGCCGCGCGUCGAUGGUGCAAGAGGCGAACGCUGACCUUCUGCGGGAAUUGGAACGCUACAACGGCCAGCUCAAGGACACUCUCAAGGAGAAUGGCGAGCUCAAGACACUCUAUUUGCAGGUCUGUAGCGCGCGUGAUGCGAUCUCGAGAGAGCUUAAAGACAACCAAAUGAAAAUACAAAAAGAGAAGGAGCUAUUUAGAACGCAAGAGAAAGAUUAUGUUGAAAGGUUAGAGAAACAAAAACAGCAGAUAGACAAAAUGUCAAUGGACCUUUCUAAUUCCAAAGAGGAAUUGGAAAGAGCCAACAAAAGGAUCUCAGAGCUGCAAAAAGAGUUUACUGAUAAGCAAAAGGAAUUUACGGAGAAACUCACUAAGUAUCUAGAAGAUGAGAAGAGUACCAUGCGAAAAGAAUUGCAAUCCUGUAUGCUAUGUGAGAAGCAGUUAAAACAAAUUAAUUACUUAGAAGAUCAACUUAAUAAAUGCACUGUCAGAUUAGCGACCCAAGAGAGCAGUGAGACGCUAAUGAAAGAGCUAAAAGGCAAGGCAGAGUUUUUCCAGCAGUACAUAGUUGAGAGAUACAAAAAGCUAGUUGAUCAACGCAGCGUCUCUACUAAUACUGAAGAGGAGGGGCUACAGAAAUCUAGCAGCCUUGAUAAACUCGUUGAGGACUGUGAUGACGCUCUAUCUGCCAAGACACAGGUUAUGCUGCGGGAGAGAGCUAUAAGGGAACAGAUAGCUGAAAAAUUUACUUUGGAGAUGAAGACUAUGGAAAUGAACUGCGCUAGGCGCAUCAAGGAGAUAGAGAGCGAACAAUUGACAACGGUCACGAAAUUGAAGGAGCUACUGGAGAGAAAAGCCAGCGAAGUGGAGACCCUGAAGGAAUUCAUACUGUCCGAGCGUGCAAAGGUGACGCAGAUACUGGAAUCUAAGGAGAACGAGAUAUCCGUGCUGAUAAAGGAGCAUAAUGAAAUGCAAAAGGAGUGUCAGAGCGCAAAGGACAACUGCGUGGAGUGGCGGAUUAAAGCGGAGAGGUACAAAGAGAGGUUAAGCAGACUGGGAUCGCUGGAGGACUUGCUGAAGAAAGAGAGGGAAGAUUGGAAGAAGAAGACGAACGUGUGCGCUUCGGAAUGGCAGACGUUAAAACAUAAGGUGGCGGAGUUGCAGGGCCAGAUGGAUCGACAGGAACAGAGCUAUUCAAAACUCCAGUCGGAAUACCAAAGUUUACAAGAGAAGUACAAGAACGCGAAGAAAACUAUUUACACUUAUAAGGAUUACAUGACAAAAAAAGACACCCAUGUGAACAACGAAAUCAAUAGAAUACAGGAUGAAUACAGGAAGAUAUUCAUCAAGCUCCAGAACCGGAUCAACUGCAGAAUACAAGAGGAGAAGAACGGGGGGAAGAGGGAACAAGUGCAGCAAUACCAAGAAUAUGAUUGUACCGAAAUGAUCAACAAACUGAAUGAAGAUUUCUCCAGACUUGCCCAAGACAACUUUAAAGGUCUACAAAAA